AUGGCUGCAAUAGUCGCUGCGAUCGUCAACAACGCCUCCCAUCUGGAGCAAGAGCAGGUGGUGCAGAUUGAGACGCUUCUGUCGCGAUUUGACAGAUUGUCCCCGGCCGAACAAAGCCAGGAACGAGUGUCUUAUGUGUCUGCAGCCUUUCCCCUGGUGUUCGGCCCCGAUGCCGUAGUGCAUGGGUCCGAUGGCUAUGAGCCGCAGCGUCAAGUGCCCUGGUCCGCCAAUUGCUGGCUUCAGCCUCGCGUGAUUGUGCGCCUCGCGAGUGCGCAGCAAGUUGCGGUCGCCCUCGCGCUGUGCCGGUUUUUCCACGUCCAGUUCUCCAUCCGGGGUGGGGGCCAUUUGCAGAUUCCGGGCUUCACCAGCAAUCAGGACGGCGUGGUCAUCUCCCUCAGCGCCUUCGACCAGGUGCGGCUGUCCGAAGACCAAUCGACGGCUGACAUUGGGGUCGGAUUGCGAUGGUUGGAGGUGUACCGACAGCUGGACGAGCACGGGGUGGCUGUGGCAGGAGGAAGAGUCCCGUCGGUGGGCGUCCCGGGAUUGUUGCUGGGCGGCGGCAUCUCCUUCCAGAACAGCCAGUAUGGCGUCGGUGCCAUGGCCAUCUCUAACUACGAGGUCGUUCUCGCCGACUCUCAAAUCAUCAAUGCCAAUGCCCACGAAAACCCCGAUCUCUUCUGGGCCCUCAAGGGCGGCGGUUCCAACUUUGGAAUCGUCACCAAGAUCGAAAUGAACACCAUCCCCAACCAAAUCUGGACCGAAGUCCGCAUCUACCCCCUCAGUGCCGCCGCCCAACUGCGCGCCGCUCUAAUGCAAUACCACGACGCCAUCGAAACCGACAACAAGGCCUCCCUGAUCUACAACGCCACCAACGACAUCAUCCUCGUGGUCUACUUCUAUUGCGCACCGAUCGAAAAUCCCCCCAUUUUCCAAUCCUUCUGUGACAUCCCUUACCUCACUAGCUUCGUGCCCCCGGGCAUCCGCACCGUCUAUGAUCUAGUCCAGGCCGUCGCAUCUGUCAACGAAGCCGAGCCCUCCGUCCAUGAAUUCCGCACCAUGUCCAGCCGCCCUAACAUCGAAGUCUACGAGGCCAUUGAGCGCGCCCACACCGAACAGGCCGAAGCCCUCAAGGACGUGGAAGGAAUCGCCCUCACAACUGUUAUCCAACCGAUGUCGUCGCUUGCUAUGCAGCAAACCCACAAGAAUGGUGGAAGUCCGUUAGGUUUGGAGCCCGUAGGACAGCAAUGGUUCCUCGCCCGCGCAGACUGGACCCACAUCCGCGAUGAAGAGCGAGUGCGCUCAGCGGUGCGGAAGAUCGUGGAUGCGGCAGAAGAAGCGGCGAAACGGACGGGCGUGUAUCUUCCGUACAAGUACUCGAACUAUGCGGCGCGGGAUCAGGAUCCGUUGGCGAGCUAUGGAGAGGAGAAUGUGCGGAGGUUGAAGGAGGUGGCUCAGAAGUAUGAUCCCGAGGGGGUCUUUCAGGAGUUGCAGAAUGGGGGGUGGUUGUUGAGUAAGGUUGGCUCUACUUUGGAGCGGUAAAUAUCAGGAGGUGUAUGUAAUACUACGUAGGUAUGGAUACGAGGUUGAUAGAAUGUAUAGAGUUUGUG